AUGCUGCAUGAGACAGAAGUAUCAUUUCAGCGCACUCUCGACAAAGUUCUCAACGCCAACUACAAUGUUGAAAUGACACAGAUUCAAGAGGAACGUCCCGAUCAUCCCAUUCGAUUGCCUUUCGAGUUCUAUGAUCGACAUAUAUGUCCCAACGAAUCUUUGUGCAACAUUGUACCACUGCCUUCUAUUCCGCAUAUUCUAGCCAACGUAUGUGAUACUGCUAUCGAAGAGUUUAAGGCGAAAGGUCACAAAUUUCCUCCCAACAUCCAUGUCUUGGAUAUACCUGCAAUUGAAUUCACUGACUCUGCUAGUGUCGGAGUGCAUUAUCUAUGGCACAUAGGGUCGCUGUGCAUUGCAUAUCUUUCAAAACUAUAUUUCCAUCCUCAUACCGAAUCCUGGAGAUCCGUCUUCACUUUUAAUCGCCAUUUCGACACCGAUACAUUCUUUGCAUCCAAAUUAUAUCUAACGGUGACUCUGGAUGCAGAGGCAAGGGCAGUCAGACUGCACGACGAAAUCAAAGGGAAGCUAUCACAAUCAACUCUUGAUACUCUGAACGCACUCUUAUUCAAUAUGCCCAAGAUGGCUGCUUGGCACAUGUUUCCUAUGCUCGACACUUUUACGACGAUAUUUCAUAAUGUGCCCAAGCGUGUCAGUUCGCUGAGUUGGCCAAUAUCACGGACCGCUGGAUACCGCUUCAUAGCACGAACAUUUCCACCGCCCGAUUCGAAGAUUUUGACUAAUAUGCUACCUGUUCCCAGUGCAUAUCGCAAAGCGAGAGUGGAAUCAGGCGAGCCAACUUCAUCCAGAAAACGAGUCGAGAAGUAUAGCAAAACUAUCACCGUACCUUAUACGACACAACGCAAACAAUAUCGCCCUGACUUGCGGACUUAUCUACAACAUGCCUGGGCUGAUGCUGCAAUGCACGAUAUAACAUUUAUCGUGCUGCACUGUGGCCGUUACGAACGCAUUGGUAUCCGACAUAGGGCGUCCCAGACCCUGUAUUUAUCAGAGGUAAUUGAUACAGUCAAUAUCAAAGACCCUCACUAUCGGAAGAUUCACAUUGGCCUCUACAUUGCCACAUUGCAAGACGCGUUGGAGCGUAUGAAACUAAAGAAUACUGGCGACGACAAGGUGGAUACCAAGGGCAAAAAGCGUUUCUCGGUCAACGUGGAUGAUUCAGAGUCCUCUCGCCCAAAGAAACGACGCAGAGCAUCCUCUUCUACUCCAUCGACCGAUAUUGGCAAGUACCUCAUCGAUCGUAAACUUGCCCUUGUUAGCUUGGAUUAUGGCCCCUUCUCAUCUUCCGUGCCCUCUUCAUUUGUACGCAUUGGGGAAUCAUGCAGGCGUAAACAUUCCCGGGAGGCUACAGACUGGGUCAAGGACCCAACAAAGCAGCGAAAGUUUUCUGCACACGAAUAUUUUACCCUAACCUUAUUGGAGCCUUUGGGUGAUGGUUCAGUCGGUGUCUCUCAUCCUGCGCAGGCAGAGGUAAAACUGGAGUCCGGAGAAGUCAUCACAGAAACACUUGUUCUGAAGCUGGCUUUCAAUGAAAAAACACAGAAGAGGAUGAGACAUGAAUUUGAUAUCUAUUGUCGUAUGUCACGCGCGGGCAUCGAAGGGAUUGUGGAUGUGCAUGGCCUAUUUUUUGAUGCGGAAUCCAACACAUUAGGUCUUCUCAUGGCUGAUGGAGGCGAAACGCUUCGCAACCGAGAUAUUGCGCGGACGGGAAUAUAUGGCGAGAAGAUCAGUGGCACAGCCGCAGAAAAGAAGGCAUUCGAGGAUAUUAUCAGAAGUAUUAAUGAGGCAGAUAUCAGCCAUCAUGAUAUCAGGCCUGAGAAUAUGACCAUUCGUUCAGAUGGCAAGGCCUUUCUCAUAGAUUUUGAUAGUGCCCUUUAUUAUUCUCCCUUCCGGUCUUUGGAGGAGCAGUUGGAAAAUUUAGAUGAUAUCUUUCAUAAACCACUCUUGUGA